CUAGGCUAGCUCCCAGACUGAGAAGACACGAAACGCACUCAGAGACUGCAGAAUAACGGGGAACAUUAGCAUUAACAUUAGCAUAACACGCUACACGUAUGGCUGUAAUAGAUAUCUUUUAUCCAGCUGUUGGGGAAAAUCCAUACGAUGUCAAGUACCCUACAGAAGAGACAGGCAUUCCUGAAGAGGGCAUUUCUGGAACCAAAACACCAAUACAAGAAUCUGGCACUGUCAGUGAUGAAUUGGAGAAGAAAGGUUUUCAGUCUCCCUCCUUGUUAGAAUCGGAUUGCCUUCAAGUUGUCCCAGAUGAGAUGAACGGAAGCACGCCAACCCAAGCUUUAGCACGCAGUGCGGUACACUCGGACAAAGAAGACUCAGAUGAAGCUCCCAAUUUCCCUGAUUCCAUUGCUGACCACCAGCCAGAAGAUCCAGCCCAAGAAGGGCACCCUGCUUUGGACACCACAUUGACACCAAAUAAUGACAUCGUUGGAGCCCUAACUCCGGAAUUUGGAGCCCUAACUCCGGAAUCUGGAGAUGUUCCUGCUGUAUCUUGGAGCUUGGACCAAGGCCUGGUUCUUACUGCUGGUUCUGAUGAUAAAAAGGAGGAGAAAAAAGAAAAGAACCAUCUUCAGAAGAAAUCCAAGGCCAAGAAGAUGAAGAAAAACAAACCAUAUCCAGGGAUUGCUUCAUCGGCUCACGGCCGGGGUAUCACAAAGGUGUUGGAGGAUCUGGGACCUUGGUGGGGGAUAGGUUUUCUGGUAGUUAUACUGCUAUGCAUGUACUCUGCUGAUGCUACCCAUGCACCUGCUUCGGUUUGCUCUGGACAAAUUGCGGUCCUGGAUUUGAAUACUCAGGGCCCUGUGAAAGGGCCGUAUACUAUAUAUAAGGGAAUUUUGCGGAAUGGCAAGGAGGUAUACUCAGAUGAGAUUGUGUCUAACUGUCCUCCAAAACCAUACGUCAUCCCAGCUGAUCAAAUCUACUUAUUCUGCAACUCGGACAACAGAACAGCCCUUCUUCUGGUGUUAAUUGUUACCUUGGAGAACAACAGCAAAUUCACAGUUGAAUUUACAACUCAAGAUGACAACCCAGGCUCUAAGGAGACUAUCCUGCAAGUCAAUGCCACUGAUUGCCCUUCAAGAAUGACAAAAACUCACAACGAUACAAACACAGAUAACAGCUCCAGUGACAAUGGUACCAGCAUCCCAACUAUUUGCGGUUCUGUCAUUGGAGUUCUAGCAUUACUCGUUGCCUUUGCUUUGGCUGGAUGCUGUUGGAUCAAAAGAUGCAAGAAAGAUGGGCUGCAAGAAAAUAUUGGAUUAGAUCAAGUGGAUGAGCGUGAUCAGCAGGCUGUGGCUGAGAACGGAUACCAGCCUGUAGCAAACAGUGAUGCUGCAGGAUCUGGUGAGAACCAGGCUCCAGUGUAGCUCAUAGUACAGACAGAUUGGUUUUCUCAGUAACUAGUUAGUGAAUUCUAGAGAAGUUGAUUUGAUCAAUUACUUGCAUGUUAUGAUUGCUGGUUCGUAGAUUAAUUGUUGUCUAAAUGCCUUGACAUGCUGCACUGCAUGUUUAAUAAAUUGCUUUGUUUUAAAAUAUUCCUUGUAAAUCGUUUGCCCAUGUAAUAGCUUCGAUUUCAUGAACUUUAAAUGUGGUAUAUGUUUUGUUUGUUGUAAAUGUUUGCUGCAUCUGUGGCAUUUUUGGCUUUGAUUAUUUUUAUUUGUUAAACACAGAAAUAUGCCAAAUUAACACAAGCAGUCAGGCUUUUAUAUUGUGUUUACUAGUUAAUAAUAGAUACGUUUCUCUUACUAUCUUGCAACUGUUGCACACCAAUAAAGAACUUUAUAUACAA